AUGGUUAUAAAAAUGUGUAAUGAAAUUUACUUCAGAUGUUAUAGUCCCCACAACACAAGUCCUGAACCAGUAAAUACAGACAUAAGUCAAACUAGUACUAGUAGUACUAGUUCGAAGAAUACUGCUAUAUCCGAACAAAAUGUUAUUGAUCCUCGGAAUAAUGAUAUUGGGUUGUUUGUAAAUGCUAAUGGUAGUUUGACUGAUGAGCAAAAGCACCUACUGAAAAAUGGGGCAUUUUGCAAGUUUUGCUUGGUAUUUGCAACGACUGGUGGUGUUGGCCAACAACAAUUAGGGGCUUUAACAAAUAAAGCUUUUACAAAUUGGAAAAAUGCAAAAGAAAAAUUUAAUGAACAUGCAAGCUUCGAUUACCAUAAUCUGUCAGUUACAAAAGCAGAAGGUUUUUUGAGUAUUUAUUCAAACAAAACACCAUCAAUUAUAACUGCUUUAGAUAAUGACAGAGUAAAAUUAAUAAAACAAAAUAGAGACAAAUUGAUACCAAUCAUUGAAUGCAUUUUACUAUGUGGUUAUCAAGAAAUUCCUUUAAGAGGCAGUUUUGAUUUUGGUCCAAUAAAUUUUAAAAAUUCAACUCACAAUGAAGGUAAUUUUCGGGCCAUUUUAAAAUAUAAAGCAAAAGACUGUGAGUUUUUAAAGUCCCAUCUUGAAUCGGAUACAAAAAGCAAAUAUUUGAGCCCUCAAAUUCAAAAUGAGAUUAUCACUAUUUGUGGAGAUAUUUUAAUUAAAAAAUUAGUUGACAAAGUUAAUGAAUCUAAAUGUUUUUUGGCCAUGGCUGAUGAAACCACAGAUGUGUUGGUGUCAGAACAGCUGACAAUAUGUGUGCGCUAUUUAAGUGGUACUGGUUCAAACAUUGAAAUCAAUGAAGAUUUCUUAAAGUUUUAUGAAAUCAGCAGUUUGACUGGAAAAGAUUUGGCGUCAUCAAUCCUCAAUGGACUAAAUUCAUGUGGGCUUGAUUGCCUUGAUUGUGACUUUUUGUACGGCCAAGGAUAUGACGGUGCAGCAAAUAUGGCUGGUCAAUUUAAAGGCGCUCAAACAAUUAUACGAUCUAAACAUCCAAAAGCCUUGUAUGUCCAUUGUGCUGCGCAUUCUUUAAAUUUAGCCGUUUCGUCUGCAUGCAAUAUGCAGUCUAUGAGGAACUGCCUUGGAAUAAUUGAAAAAUAUUAUUGUUUUUUUAAUUUUCCUAAACGAAACAAUGAACUUUUAGAAGUUAUUAAUAAUGAUGAUUGGGAACCAAAAGUGAAAACUUUAAAACGUCUGUGUAUGACAAGAUGGGUACAACGUUAUGACGCUAUCAAUGAUUUCAUUGAGCUAUUUCCAUGUGUAACAACUGCACAUAGUAACAUAUCAGAAUGGAAUGACAGUUCAAGUACUGAUACAAAUAUGAUGUUAAAAGCAAUAGAUUUACAAUUUCUUGUGUCUCUUCAAGUUAUUAAAGUAUUAUUUUCAUUUGCGCUACCAUUGUGUAAGCAGCUUCAGAGAAAAAACAUUGACUUAAAAGAAAUGGUCAAUUUGCCAAGUACUAGUAUGACUGUUCUUGAAAAUCUAAGAAAAAAUGUUGAAAAUGAAUUCAAAAAAAUGUUCAAAGAAGCUCAAGUAAAUGCUAGAUAUUUAUUUUAA